AGAGAGAGAGAGAGAGAGAAAGAAACUUGUGGAGUACCUGAAUACAAGAAGAUGGUGAAGUCCAAGAAAAAUGGAAUGAAGAAAGGUGCAUGGAGUGACGAUGAAGAUAACAAGUUAAGAGCAUAUAUUAACAUAUACGGCCAUUGGAACUGGGCUUUACUUACCAAGUUUGCUGGUGUUUCAAGAAGUGGGAAGAGUUGCAGGCUUAGGUGGGUGAAUUAUCUUCGUCCAAACAUAAAACAUGGUAAUUUUACGGAAGCAGAAGACAAUAUCAUCAUGGAUUUGCAUAACAAGCUUGGCAACAAGUGGUCAGCAAUUGCAACAAAUUUGCCUGGGAGAAGCGACAAUGAAAUAAAAAAUCGUUGGAACACGCACUUGAAAAGACAAGCUCAAAAGGAGCAUAUUGUGCUAGAAAACCAAGACGACAAUGAAACCAACAAAGUUAAUGAAGCUAACCCGCAAGAAAAUAUUGUUGAAACAACAAAUCUUAAACUCCUACAAGAAGUUGAAAUUUUACGAGAAAGAUCCUCAUCUGAAUCACCUAGCAUUGAUCGGUUAUCAUCACAUUCAUCAAGUAGUUGGGAUUAUGCCGUUUCAAGUGAUGUUACGCAACAACCACUUGAUUACGAACCAACUACAAACUUUUGGACUGACCCAUUCAUAUCAGAUGAUGAUAAUAUCAUUUCAUCAAGUGACCACUUGUUCACCCCUAUGGAUUUAGUCGUUGACUAUAUAUCCAAUGGUUAUAGCCAGGAUAUGGUCAUGGCUAAUGAGUUUUUAUGGUCAGCAUUGGAUUUAUGUAACGAGCCGUUUCUCUUUUGACAUUAAAUUUCUCUUGAUUUUAUUAUGAAUA